GACGGUGAACCGGAACGGUAUGGUUUCACCUUGGGUGCAUGUCAGUGUGUGUGGAUAGCAGACAGCAGAUACACAUUUGCUUGUAGUUUGAAUAUUUGACAUUCAGAUGAAAGAUAAAUGUCACUGUAGCUUUGCAGCAUCGCGUCUGAUUGUCCUUCACACGGAGAGGAAACAUGAAGCAAGACGUCAGGAUACUUUUACUGGGGGAACCAAAGGUGGGGAAGACAUCGCUCAUCAUGUCUUUGGUUGGAGAAGAGUUUCCAGAAGAGGUUCCACCCAGAGCUGAAGAAAUCACCAUCCCUGCUGACGUGACACCAGAGCAGGUGCCUACACACAUAGUGGACUAUACAGAAAAAGAGCAAAGUGAUGCCGUCCUUAGAGAUGAGAUCAUCAAGGCUAAUGUUGUGUGUGUCGUGUAUGACGUCACCAACGAGGACACAAUAGACAAGAUCAAAACAAAAUGGAUACCUUUAGUAAACGGAGACGCAGAAAAAGGGAACAAAAUUCCCAUCAUUCUCGUGGGGAACAAGUCUGAUCUGCGCUCUGGGAGCUCAAUGGAAACUAUUCUUCCCAUCAUGAACCAGUUCUCGGAGAUUGAAACGUGUGUUGAGUGUUCCGCAAAGAACCUGAAAAACAUUUCAGAGUUGUUCUACUACGCACAGAAAGCAGUUCUUCACCCCACUGCGCCUCUCUAUGACCCUGAGGACAAGCAGCUCAAACCUCUGUGUGUGCGAGCCCUCAGCAGAAUUUUCUACAUUUCCGAUCAGGACAACGACCGCAUUCUCAGCGACGCCGAACUCAACAGAUUUCAGAAAUCUUGUUUUGGGAAUCCUCUGGCCCCUCAAGCCUUAGAAGAUGUGAAAACUGUCGUUUGGAAGAACACCAGCGACGGAGUGCAAGACAACGGCCUGACUCUAAAUGGUUUCUUGUUCCUUAAUACAUUAUUUAUCCAGAGGGGUCGGCAUGAAACCACGUGGACCAUCCUCAGAAAGUUUGGUUAUGACGACAACCUUGAACUGACUGACGAUUACCUUUAUCCCGAACUUCGGGUUUCUGUCGGCUGCACCACAGAGCUCAGCAGUUCAGGCCGCCAGUUCCUCCAGCAGCUGUUUGACAAGUACGAUGAAGACAAAGACUGUGCUCUGUCACCCACCGAGCUUAGGAACCUGUUCUGUGUGUGUCCCUACAUGCCAUGGGGGGCAGAGGUCUACAUGAGUGUGCCAACCACAGAUGAGGGCUUCAUCUCGAACCACGGCUACCUCUGUCAGUGGACGCUUUCUGCCUACCUUGACAUCCACCGUUGUCUGGAGCACCUUGGAUACCUCGGCUACCCUAUCCUCACUGAGCGGGAGUCACAGACUUCAGCAGUCACAGUGACACGGGAGAAAGAGGUGGACCUGGAAAAGAGCCAGACACAGCGUUCAGUGUUUCUCUGCAAGGUGAUUGGACCGCGGGGGACGGGAAAAUCCGCUUUCCUCCAGGCCUUUCUCGGCCGCGACGUUGUGGAGUCGGGAAAACCCAGCAGUGCCUUCUCCCCUUACGCCAUAAACACUGUCCAAGUCAGCAACCAGGAGAAGUACCUGAUCCUCUAUGAGGUGGACGUGGAAGCAGAGUUCCUGAAGGCAUCGGACGCCUCGUGUGACGUGGCUUGCCUCAUGUACGACAACAGUGACCCACAUUCCUUGGAUUAUUGUGCCAGUAUAUACAAGCAACACUACAUGGAAAGCAAAAUCCCAUGUGUGUUGGUUGCUUCCAAAGUGGACCUGCCUGAGGUCAAGCAGCUCCAUGGAAUGACCCCAGCAGAGUUCUGUUAUAAACACCGACUUCCUCCGCCGCUGCCCUUCUCCACCGCGCUCCUCGACUCCACCAGCAAGAACAUCUACAGCAGACUGGCCUGGGCAGCGACGUACCCACAUCUGAAUGGUUCCGACAUGAGCAACACAUCCUUCUGGCUGAGAGUGACUCUGGGCUCUGCUGUUGUCGCCGUUCUCGGCUUUGCUAUCUACAGAGCUGUUGUACGACUUAAAUGAUCCACAUCCAGCUAAGCUUUUUGUUAUUCUGAUUUAUUUUUUAUUAUUCGUCUCAUUACUCUCUUUUUCUGAUAUGAUUUAUCCUUUUCAUCCAUCAAGACCAAACCUCAGAGACCAGAUCUAGAGUCUGUAUUAGAGGAGGCCUCAGGACUCUCCCUCAUAUUUCUGCCUGUUCUCCUUGUAUUGUGAUGACAUUUCAGGUGCUCAACUCAAAAAGAGACAAUGAAGUCCCUCAGUGAGAUAAAAAGGCAGUCAGAAGCUAGUGAUUGUAUUAUUGUCCUCUCCACUAUUAUGCCCAGCUUUCUCUGCCUUAUAUUGUCUCACCAGACCAAAUAGGAGUUAGCCUGCCUAUACACCAGGAACUGCUAAUGCUAAAGCACCUUUCUGUGCAGUAUAUCUGAACAGAGGAAACAGACUGUAGUCCAAUCCACUUUCUUUCCCCUCAUUUAUCUGUCUGCGAUGAUUUUUGACAGCGUUUCAGAAGCUUAAAGGGCUGUUUCACCCAUUUUCUUACCCACUUGGUCAAACUAAGAGUGACCACAAUAGUAGCAAUUACACUUUUAUUCAUCAAACGUAUUAUAAUUGACAGAAAGGCAGUGUAGGGCUUUUUAUUUUCUUUAAAGACGUUUUAUUUAUUUUUUGUCAAUCCCAAUGUCCUCUGCUGUUGCGGGAAUGAGACGUGUGUCUCAGAUCCACCGUCUGAUGAUCAAAGAACGCAUUUAUCUCUGGACAUUAGUAAGAAAAAAAGAACUAUAUUUGUGGGUGAAGUAGCCCUUUAAAAGAAAAGAGGGGAUAAAAGGCCAAAUUGACCCGACUGAAACCAAAGGACAUCACAUGAAGCUUUUUUUAAAUUUAACAUCCAGCUGAAACUUCUGAUAAUGAAGUCUGUUUUGGCAAAUGACUCCAGCAGCAUGUUAUAGGCAAACCACAGUCAAAAGAUUUUAAAUGAGCUUGAAUCUCACUGGCAGCGUAGGGCUUCCAUAGAUCUGCUGUGGCAUGGAGAGCUUUUCUCUUUGUGCAUGAAGACGACUGUCGUUUUAUUUGAAUGCUGCGAGCAAGAGAUAUUUUUUUAUAUACCGAGGCAAAGCAAAUCUGAAAGAAAGAAAAUGUGCUGCGAUCUCUGCGUCCACUGCUUCUGUUUCACAUUGAAAUCGGAUGAAUUUGAACGUCAGACUGAACUGGAUUUGUGAUUUUUCUGUUCGUCACAUAUGUACCCGACACUGUGCUCCCACAUAAUCGUCGUCAUUGUAUCUUUUUUCUAACAUGAGUCAUCGUUUAACGUCUUUGUCUGUUGGUAAAUUUAGCCGACGACGCGCCAACGUCUCUGCGGGGACGCACUUCUGCAACUUUUUAAAACUAUGACUUGUUUUCCCUCUGCAAGUGAACUGAUUUAGAUGCUUAAUAAAAGACCAGACAGUGUGGACUCAGUUCCACCUUAAAAAGAAAAAAAAAAAGAGUUUAACAUUGUGAGUGCUGGUUGCGGAGAUGUGUGUUUUCUGUGCUAAUGUUGAAUUGAUUUACUUCCAGACACUCUUUGUUGAAUUGCAGCAUCAAACAGGUACUAUUAAAAACCGUGCUGGUGAUAUUUUAA